AUGAACGAGGAGAUGACAAAAAGCGAGGAGCAGCAUCUUAGUUUGCAGAAAGCCUUGCAGCAGUGCGAGUUGGUGCAAAAUAUGAUAGACAUAAGCAUUUCUAGUUUGGAGGGUUUACGGACCAAAUGUGCCACAUCCAACGACUUGACACAAAAAGAGAUACGAACGCUGGAGGGGAAGUUGGUGAAGUACUUCAGCCGCCAGCUGUCCUGUAAGUGCAAAGUGGCCUUAGAGGAGCGCAGUGCCGAGCUGGAGGACUUCCCUCGCCUUGGCCACUGGUUCCGCAUCGUCAACCUGAGGAAAGAGGUCACACAGGAAAUGAGUCCAGGUGAGGUGACCCUGGAGGGCUUGCUGGAGAUGAGCGAGGAGCAGGUGUGUGAGCUGCUGCAAAAGUUUGGUGCCAACGAAGAGGAGUGUGCCCGUCUCAACGCUUCCCUGUCCUGCCUCAGAAAGGCCCACCAGCUCGAACAACUUGAGGAGGAUAAAUUGCCCAAUAAUGGAGGGAGCCAGACGAAACAGGACUGGUCCAUCCAGUGGCCCACAUCAGAAUCUGGCAAAGAAAACACCCCGGUGUGCCAGCCAGAGGCCAGUCAGUGGAUUCGGUUCCAGCUCUCUCAAAGCCCCAAAGUCCAGUCCAAGUACAACCAGCACAUGUGCCACAGCCCCCAGGCCCUGGCCCCCCCUUUGUAUGCUGAUCGACUGACUGUCGACAGCCCUGCUGCAGGGCUCUUUCCUCCCUUAGACUCUGGUCAUCGCUCCCUGCCCCCAUCACCUCGCCAGAGGCAUUUUGGCCACACCCCUCCUCGGACUCAUUUGGUGGUCAACACGAUGACCCCACCUGGCACUCCUCCCAUGCGGCGAAGGAAUAAAGUCAAGGCCCCAGGAACGCCACCUCCACCAAGCCGCAAACUCAUCCAUCUGCUGCCAGGCUUCACCGCUCUGCACCGCAGCAAAUCCCACGAGUUCCAGCUGGGGAACCGCUUGGAUGACACGCAGACGCCAAAAGCCAAGAAGAAGACCAAGCCCUUGAACCUUAAGAUCCACAGCAGUGUGGGCAGCUGUGAAAACCUGCCCACACAGCGCUCACCCCUCCACACUGAAAGAUCUCUGCGAUCCUUCUUCUUCCCCUCUUUCAUACCAUCUACACCUCCUGUCCAUGCUGAAACACCCUCUGCAAACACUCUCUCAGUGCCUCGCUGGUCCCCACAGAUUCCCCGAAGAGAUCUGGGAAACUCAAUAAAACACAGGUUUUCCACAAAAUAUUGGAUGUCCCAGACAUGCAUAGUGUGUGGAAAGGGAAUGUUGUUUGGACUGAAAUGUAAAAACUGCAAGCUGAAGUGCCACAACAAAUGCACCAAAGAAGCCCCGCCUUGCCAUUUACUGAUCAUACAGCGAGGUGGAAGAGAAUCUCUCAAAGAUCAUCAAGGAACAACUCAAGUAGCUCGUCUGGUACGGACUGAAUCAGUGCCAUGUGACAUCAACAACCCGCUCAGGUACACAGACCUGCACAUCAGUCAGACGCUCCCCAAAACCAACAAAAUCAACAAGGAUCACAUCCCAGUCCCAUACCAACCAGACUCCAGCAGUAACCCCUCAUCCACCACCUCCUCCACCCCCUCCUCACCGGCUCCUCCUUUGCCCAGCAGUGCCACGCCCCCCUCACCUCUACACCCCUCCCCACAGUCAGCACGGCAACAGAAACAGUUCAACUUGACUGCCUCCAGUUAUUUCAAAUACAAGCAACAGUUCAUAUUCCCUGAUGUUGCUCCUGAGGCUCCACCCAGCCGAGCUCCGCAGGUCAUUCUGCACCCCGUCCUUUCUGAACCGGGGAAUGAGGGCAACCCUUUGCUUCAAAUCGAAGUGGAACCCACAUCAGACAAUGAGGAAGGCAACGAUGAGGACUCGGGUGAUGAGUUCGAGGAGAUGAACCUGUCGCUCCUGUCGGCUCGCAACUUCCCGCGUAAGGCCAGCCAGACCAGCAUCUUCCUGCAGGAGUGGGACAUCCCCUUUGAGCAGCUGGAGAUUGGGGAGAUGAUUGGUAAGGGUCGCUUUGGAAAGGUUUUCCAUGGACGAUGGCACGGCGAGGUUGCCAUUCGCUUGAUUGACAUUGAGCGUGACAAUGAGGACCAGCUGAAGGCCUUCAAACGUGAGGUGAUGGCCUACCGAAACACUCGCCAUGAAAAUGUGGUGCUGUUUAUGGGGGCCUGCAUGAGCCCGCCACACCUGGCCAUCAUUACCAGCUUUUGUAAAGGCAGGACGCUUUAUUCUGUAGUGCGAGAUGCCAAAGUUGUCCUGGAUGUAAACAAGACACGACAGAUUGCACAAGAGAUGGUCAAGGGGAUGGGCUACCUCCACGCAAAGGGGAUCUUACACAAAGACAUGAAGUCCAAGAACGUGUUUUAUGACAACGGCAAAGUCGUCAUCACUGACUUUGGGCUCUUCACCAUAUCUGGGGUUCUGCAGGCUGGCAGCCGCAGAGAAGAUAAACUGAGGAUCCCCAAUGGCUGGCUGUGCCACCUCGCCCCUGAAAUAAUCCAGCAGCUCUCUCCAGAAACAGAAGAGGACAAGCUUCCUUUCUGCAAACAGUCAGAUGUCUUUGCUUUUGGCACCAUCUGGUACGAGUUACACGCACGUGAAUGGCCUUACAAGAGUCAGCCGGCAGAGGUGAUCAUAUGGCAGAUCGGCAGUGGGAUGAAGCCCAAUCUUGCCCAAACUGGCAUGGGGAAGGAGAUAUUAGAUAUUCUGCUCCUCUGCUGGGCGUACAAGCCAGAGGAGCGGCCCAGCUUCUCCAAGCUGGUAGAUUUACUGGAAAAGUUGCCAAAAAGGAAUCGCCGCCUUUCCCACCCAGGGCACUUCUGGAAGUCAGCUGAGUAUGUCAAAUAAGUUAAGGGAUAUAAAACAGCAAACAAUCAGCAAGUUUAAAAAAAAGAAAAAAAAAAGCAGCUGCCAUAACUCCACAUAAAUAACCCACCUCCUUAAAGAAUGCACUGAAUCCAAAAGCCAGCCCAGUGAUGAAAACUGCCCAUGCUGUGUGUAUUUUCAUGGAAUGUUGGCAUGUGUGUGUACAGAUAAGUUGACUUUCUCAAAGCAGUCGGGACUCAUAUUUUCUUUGGUUUGAUUUAAACCAUACUGGAUAUCCUUCUUUUAUCUUUUUUGUCUUUUACUAUUGACUUGUUCCCGUCAUUAUAUUUGAUUUCUUUCUUGGAUGUAUUUUGCUUGUAAUUUCCAACAGAUCACAUCAUCCUGGACUUUAAAAAAAAAAAAAGCACAUGUUUUGAACAAAUGUAGUUUUUUUUCCUCAUGUCUUAUUCUUGUUUGUUUUGAAUGAAUGUAACUGUUGUACAUCACAUACUGUAUAUUUUCAUAACAUUGUCUGUCAAAUGUGUCUCAUGUGUGGAUGUCCAGGUUUCAUCCUUGUCUUAAAUGUUUUGUCUACCUGAAGAUGCCCUUUUAUUUACACCGUACCACGUGAAUGUGAAGACGCCAGCGUCCCUGUUUGUUUGGGGAUGUAUUGGCCCAGUUUUUUGAUGGGAGACUGUUCUCUGAUCAGCCUGUGCUUUGAAUAUUGCCUGUGAACAUAAGCUAGAUGUUUGAACAAUAACAGCCUUUAAAAAAAAGAGAGAAGAAGUCACCAGUUAGACCAGGACUCCCCGACUUUGUGAGGUUCUGUGAAAUUGCUGACACUUGAAAUGUAGUGUUCGUCAGCUGAACUAAUUACCUUUGAGUAGUGCUACCACUGAGCCCCCCCCAUUCCCCACACCCCAUAAAUUAUUGUGUAUCAUUUUACUUUAAAUAGGUAAUGGCAGAUACAAAUAUAAUAUAGUUAUAGAUCAAAUCUAAAGCUUGUUACAGUGUAGUCAGUGCAGUAAUUUUAAGUUAUUUCAUUUAAACAGUACAUGAAUGUUGUAGACCCUCAUCACAAAGUGACGGCUUUCUGAAUAUGUGGUUUAAGAUCCCCGUCUCUGCACAAAUGUGACCGAUGGACAUGCACAGAGGAAAAAUGUGGCCUUAAAAUGGCAAAAAUAAAAAGUCUCAGAGGUCAGAAACGUGCUUAAAGUGUUGCAGUCGGUUUGAAAUUGAAACACUUCAAAUGAAUUCUUCCUCAUCCCGAACGUUGAUCCGUACCACUCCCCUGCCACUUUUCUUGAAUGACAGGUAUUAAGUUUUGUUCUUCUGAGCCACAUUAAUAAACUUCUAAUCAGCCGACUGCAUUCGCAGCUGUGUAGGGACGCGUACAGACGCUAGAUUCUUGUUAGGUGACUUUGGAACUGUAGCUGAGCAGUUAUGAGAUGAUGCUAAAGGUUAAACUGCUGCUCUUUAUAGCAGUGCAGAAAUUAGGAAACCUGGUUUUUGCUAAUGUUGGCCACCAUAAGUUAUGGUUGCACAUUUUUUUGCAUUGCUAAAGAAUUAAAUUUCUGAUUUGUAAGUAAAGGAUUUUAGUUCAUUCUCAGCUCAAAGGUUCCAUGUAGUGCACACAGAGUCUGUGUGACUUGUUAGCUGCCUGCUGCAUGUGUCUUUCAUUAUUUGCUGUGAUAACUGGUGAGAUUUUGAUAGUGCUGACUUCUCGUUCAGGUUUUUGUUUAAUUAGACAUCACAGCUUUUUUUCUAUCUGCAUCUAUGAUUGGUUACUUUGCUGCUAUAAAGCUGAUUGUGGAGCACAUGUUAAAGUAAUCUGAACCUUUCGAUCCAGUUUUGUUUAAUCCUGAAAUAUUUUAUUUGCACAAACCUGGGAUUUGUGUCCGUGCACUGCAGGCGACAUCGGUGUUAAAGUAACAAGCGAGUAACUUAAAUUUGGCUGAACUUUCCCUUUAACAUAUCAGGAAAAAAUAAAACAUAUCAGGAUGCUGAAGACCACCCCGGGCCAUUUUUCUACUUCAUAUUGUAAAUCAAAAUAUAUUUUAAACGUGUGUAUAGAGAGCUAGCUAACCUGAGUCAUAUCACCAUGAAACUGGAAGCUGUGGCGUUAUUUGAGCUGUACACUGCUUGAUUCUGUCUAACCACAUGGAAUAGAUGGAGACAACCCAAUCAUGUUAAAUAGCCAUUUCCAGCUCAUUAUAUACACAUCUGCCAGUGUUUGAAAAUGCAUACAAACAAUCUGCUGCUGUUUUUGGGAGUCUGUCUGUCUAUUUUGGAAUUGCUGGGAUUCAGAUAUUGUAAGUGGAUCAUUUAUAUUUGUACUGUUUACAACUUUCAAGUGCAUGAGGUGGACUAUCAAAGAUUGAUUCUUGCUAUGAAAAAAAAUCCUUAAACACUAGAAAAGUAUGUGAACAUUUUUCUGAUGACUUGUUGUCCAUUGAGCAAAUUUUACAUCAGGCUUUGCAAACCUUUUCAACAGCUUUGUUUGAGAGAAUGAUUGUUGCAGUAUAUUUAUAGAUUAUAUAAAUGAUUAUACUAGGAUUUAAAUUUUAAAAAGUUACAACCUGUGCACAUGCUAAAGUUGACAGCAACCCGACUGGACAACAAUCAAAGAUAUAACAUUAGUGCCAAGUGUACAUAACAGAUUGUAGACAAUGUUUGAUCGUCACUUGCCGUAAAAUAAUAUUCCUUGUGAAGUUUUGGAUCUUUUUUCUUUUGAAUGUAUAAAUUGUGCUGUGUUUUUGUUGCCUUUAUUUGUUCAUUUUAAUUUAUUUCCUUCAUUUUCCUUCUAAUUGCAUAAGCACUGAUGCUGUGUUGUUUCUUUUCCUUGAUUCCGUCCUUGUAUUGUAGAUGAUAGCUCCAAAAAGCUUGUAUUUAAUGAUGCCUUAUGGUCCAUGGCUUAGUGAUGAGUAGAUUUUGAU